CACACACACACACUCUCUCCCUCUCUCUCCACCCCGCCACUGAUCUUCAUUCCCCUGCCCCCCUCCUGCUCCCUUCCCUCUCUCCCUCCCUCCCCCCUCUCUCCCUCCCUCCCCCCUCUCUCCUUCCUUCUCUCUCUCUCCGUCCAUUGCCCGGCCUGUCGCCGCCGACGGACGCCCCAUGUCUUUCCAGAUCCCCUUCGCCACGCGGGUGCUCUACGAAUGCGCCUGCUGUGCGGCCCCGCCCAAGCGGGCCGGUGCCGAGGAUCCCCCGCUGACCGACGCCCCGGACAAUCCCCCACGCGCCUUGGAGGAGCUGUUCUUCUGCGAUAGAUGCCAGUCACUGCGGUGUGAAUCAUGCUUGGCGCCGCAGCAGACCAACUCCUGGCACUGCCCCCGGUGCCUGUCCGAAGCGGCAUCCGCCUCCUUCCGCACGGCCAAGGGCCAAUGUGCGCGUCCUUCCUGCCAGGCAUGCCCCGCGUGCGGGGCAAUGGCCCUGCUGCCGGCCGGCUCGGCUCCCAUGUACCUCAUUUGCCAAAAUUGCCAAUGGAGCGACAAGGGCCCGGCCGGCAGCCCGCGGCGGCCAGCCUCCGGCCUCGGCAGCGGCCCCGGCUUCCGGUCCCGCAGCGAGACCAGCUUCCUCCAGGCCUCCUUCGAAUUGAACCGCAACAUGUCGGCCUCGCUGCUGCUGUUGCUGGAUUCCAAGGCGGCCGGUGGGCCGGGGGCCGGUGGGGCCGGGCCCCCGCGUGCGGCCGACGGCACCACGGCCAUCUGGCCACAGCGUGCCCCUGGCGAUGCGGCUGGCCGCGGUGAUGAGGAGUUCCCCCUGGCCCGGGCGGAUGACGAGGCACUGGCCCGCGCAUUGGAGGCCCUCUCAACCGGCGAGGAGGGCGCCCUGGCGGAGGUUAUGACGCGCGCCCUGGCGCCGGCUCCCACGGACGACGGCCAAGCGCCGGCCUACGCCCCGAUCGCUGUGGGAGAUGAGCUACUCGCAUCCAACACGACGGAUUUGCUGCCCGGGGCCACGCCGGCGGCCGUGCGCUUGGUCUCGCGCACGGACUACCGGUGCCCCGGCUGUGCGCAGCCGGUCCUCAGCCAUGAUACCAGUACCUUUGGCACGCGCUUCAAGCUGCGCAAGCCGGCGUUUGAGAAGAUCCCCGCCGUGCGGCAGUCGGGCCGCCACCUGCGCGCGGCCAUUCUCAGCUCGCGCCUUCGGCCGGCCAGCACGCGCGGCAUGUUUGCCCUGGUCCUGGCCAAUCCGGUGGACGUCCCAUGCGACGUGACAUUGGCCUUCUUCGCGGCCGGAGACCUUCCCAAGGCCGGGGAGCCGGCUGGGCCGGCCCUGUCCACCGCCACGCCGGCCUUCACCCGGACGCUGACCCUGGCCGGGCAUUCGCCCCUCGGCGACUAUGAUGAGGAUGAGGACGACGAGUCGGCCUUGCUGCUGGCCGACGAUGGCGGCCUGCUGCUGGGCGAGACCCCGGAGUCGGUGGUUCGGGCGGAAAACCGCGCGUACAUCCCCCUGACGGAUGCCACCCUGCAGGGUCUUCUCCGGCCACUUGGGGGGGAUCUGGCUGGUGACCCGGCCUCGGGGGCCCUGCGAGAGACGCACUCCCUGCGUCUGCGCAUGUCGGUCACCCCGGCCGAUGGGACCGUGUCGCACCAUUGGAUCCACAUGCUCCUGCACCAGCCGGAUGUCCAGGCGUGAGCGCCUCUUCCGGCUUCCUCCCCCC